CCCACGCCAGGUCAUCCCACGCUAUAAUUACCCACUUGCUCCCAGGACAUGAGGCAGCGUCUCUCCACCGGCUCCCUCUCCACAAAACGCACGUCCAUCACCCCCGGCAGACCCUCUAAAUUUGAAUGUCAAAGCAAUAAACAGGCGUGAGCGAAGAGGGAAAUCUCCGCCCAGGGGCAAAGGUGGGGUCAGGCGGCGUGAGGAAGGGGAAGAUGAGAAUGGGAAACGGCAGUGAGCUGAAGGGCAUUGUGGGAGUUGGAUGCCAGCUCGAGGAGAAGAAGAAUCGGUUCCACCGUCCCUGCUGCCAGGCCAAGACCCAGGCUCACGCUACCCAGGCAAAGGCUAUGCUCCAUUCAGCCUCCACCGCUGGGCCUUCACUCAGACCCCCUGUGCUGAGCCCCACCAAGCCCAUCUACAUAAACACACAGGCACUGGCCAAGUCAGUCCAGGCCCGGAGUAGCGCCUCUCUGAAGGACCUCUGCCCAGAAGACAAGCGGCGUAUCGCCAACCUCAUCGAGGAGUUGGCCAGGGUGAGUGAGGAGAAGGACGAGUCUAAGCAGAGGCUGAAGGAUGAGCAGGAGUCCUUCGAGCGCAAGAUCCAGCAGCUGGAAGAGCAGAACCAGCUGAUCGUCCAGGAGAGGGAGGGGCUCCAGCAGCAGUAUCGGGAGUGUCAGGAGCUGCUGGGCCUGUAUCAGGAGUACCUGUCCCAGCAGAAGGAGAAGCUCAACCACUCCAUCGCCCACCUGCACCACUCCCACUCCAAGGUGAGCAGCAGAGAGGGGCCCGUCGGACCGCCUGCGAGGGGCGGGGCCGCGGGGCUGGACGGCUCGUACCUGGACCCCCCAGCCACGGGCGGAGCCUGGCCGGCCACACCCGCUCUGCUGUCCUCCAGCAGCGGGCGGGACAGUGAGCGCAGCCAGGGGCGGGGCCAGAGGAGCGAGCCGCGACAGGGACCCUCCCAAACGUGCGGCUCCCGGCCCUGUUUCUACGAGGACGGGCCCUCUCCCGCCGCCCGCAGGCCCCCCCGAGCGCCCGCCACGGCGCCCCCUCCUGGCCGGGUGGACUGGGACGAGAGGAGGAACUGGCUCCUGCUGCAGAAGAUGGAGCUGGAGGUGCAGAGGGAGAAGCUCCAGGCCCAGCUCGCCCAGCAGGAGGAGCGCCUCUUCCUGCACAACCAGACGCUCCGCCAGUCCCGCAUGGAGUCCAGCAAGUUCCGGGACCGGGCGGCUGAGCCUGAGGCAGACAGGGUAGCCCUCAGUGGGGCGGCGGAAUCGAACCAAACCCCACGGGUCCAGGACCGGGUGGCUGAGCCUGAGGCAGACAGGGUAGCCCUCAGAGGGGCGGCGGGAUCUAACCAAACCCCACGUGGUUCUGCGGUUCUGGGCAGGGUGAGAGCACCUUCUCGUGAGUCGGAGGAUCUGGACCGAAUCGCAGCUCAGCAGGAGGAGCUGCUGCAGCGUGGGGAGAUGGCGGCCCUCCCCUUACACAAACCCCCACAGUCUAACGAAGCCUCUGCUGUUUCCAGGAGGGAUGCCGCCACCUCUCCUGCUGUGGCCCAAUCACAGCCCUCAGCCCUGGCCCCUGGCCUCCCAAGGACCCCCUCCUCUCGCUUGCACUCGUCGCUGAUUGAUCUCCUGGACACGUUUAGCCCCCUCUCAGCCCCCAUCCAGCGCCGAGGGCGCCCCACCCGAAAGCCCCGCACCCCUGGCCUCUCCUCAGUGCUGCCCCCCUGGGCCCCUCCCCAAUGGGCCCCCCCUCCCCAACGGGCCCCACCUCACCCUCGCCGGGCCCCUCGCCCCCGGUCCCCCUCGUCCCCGGUCGAGGACGCUGAGGAGAGCCAAAUCCUGGAUGACAUAUUCUUCAUCUGCUGACAUGAGGGGCCUUGCCCCCGCCUCCCCCCUCCCCCCCCACGCCCUGCUCACCGUCCACCAUCCCCGCACAGGCAGCCCAGAGAAGGCCUUUUUCAGACACUCUCUCAGAAGCGCACAGAUGUUCCCCUCGGGCUGAUGCUAACCAGCCUUAUUAAUAUUGACCUCGCUGCGGUUCGGGGAACGCCAGAGGCCUUUUAAGAUGAGAGAACCUGAAAGGGUCUUUGAAAGUUGUUACACUUGGAUGUGACUGUGAGCAUGGGCCCCCCUACCCUUUGGAAAACAGUUUUUGCACUACAGCGUGUAUGAAUGACAAAAAUAAUUUAAAAAACCUCUCGCAUUCUUUUUAAUCAUCCGCCUCACACUUUGCCCUUGAAUUUUAACGCCUAUUUUUUGUCUUUUGGUUGGAAGUCAAAAAACUAGAUCAGGGAAACCGCAAAAGCAUUAUUUUCUUUGUGUUUCUGUGCCUGAUGUAAAUAAAGGAAUUCUAUUUAA